AUCUCGCGUAGCUUGAUCAUACACCAGGAUCUCAACUUUGGUCCACGUGAAAAAGCACCCUGUCGUUUCCCAUGUCAUAAUGCACGAUUUGCGCACCAUCGUCGUCGUCAAACAUCGCUAAAAUUACUCUCUCCUGCCUGCAAUAACGUAGCCUAGUCCAUUAUUUAUGUUGCGUCCACGUUGAUCAAUGUGUGAUGUAAACAAUGUUACUUGCCAUGACUCAUACGAACGAUAUGGAAUAUGACCCUUCCAUAUGACUUGUGAUUAUGAAGGUCUCUGUAUCGAGGAUAUGAUGUCUGUAAGUAACGCCUCCAAGCUGACAAUGUACCGGGGAUACUAGUAGGUCUGUUCUUUUCAACUGAAUUUCUUGCAUGUUUCCUUCUGGAGUAAAAAAAAAGAAAAAAAAGAUGAACGGCAAGAAGUUCAAAUAAAAAAAACAGGCCUAAUGUGUUUUAACAGUUGUUGCAAUUUUCCAGAAGAAACGAAACUUGGCUAACACGUUUAGGAAUCCAUGUGUAAUAAAUAUGUACUGACGUGCACUGCGACGUGUGGAAAUCCUUUAAGGUGACACUUGGUUUUGUCAUGCGGAAUAGAUCAAUCAGUAUUAUCUUUGGGUCCCUUAUCUUAUGGGCUGUGGCUACAUACUUUUUAUUUUUGGAUCAACAAUCAGUCGGCAAGGAUCAAGAUAAGGAAAAGGACAAACUAUCAAAUCAAAUCAGUAGAUUGGAGAAGCAAGUAAAACAGCAGAUAAUUAUAAACCAGGAACUUCUAGAAGGAAUCAACGAAAGCAAACGUCUUAAAAAAGAAUAUGAUAGAUUAAAUGCCCAGUUGUCAAUAGGUGAUGCGGAGAAAAAAAACAAAAAACAUGAAGUCAAUAAGAAUAAGAGUAUAUUAUUGCAAAAAAUCGAAAACAAAAAUAAAUGGAAGAUGUCUAAAGAUGAACAAAGCCCGACACAGGAAGUUGUCUUAUCUACUGAGGCAACACACAGUAUUCCUUUGAGACAAAAGCUUCCUGACGGAUCUCCUAUAAUAGCUAUUUUGGUCGUUUCUUGUAAUCGUAUUACAGUAGAGCGAUGUCUAAACCAAUUAAUUAAAUUAAGACCUAGUAAAGAACAAUUCCCAAUAGUUGUAUCGCAAGACUGUGAUCAUCGACAAACUGCUGAUGUCAUAGCAAAAUAUGGAAACCAGCUGUUACAUUUAAAGCAACCUGAUCAGUCCGAUAUUGAAAUACCACCUAAAGAAAAGAAAUUCAGGGGAUACUUCAAAAUCGCACGUCACUAUAAAUGGGCGUUAAAUCAAGUAUUUCUAAAGCUUGGAUAUAAUACUGCAAUUAUAGUUGAAGACGACUUGGACAUCGCUCCAGACUUUUAUGAAUACUUCCUGGGGACUUAUCCCUUACUAGUAAAUGAUAGCUCUCUAUGGUGUGUAUCUGCGUGGAAUGAUAAUGGUAAAGCCGGCUUGGUAGACGAACAUGCGUCACAUUUAUUGUAUAGGACAGAUUUCUUUCCUGGCUUAGGUUGGAUGCUCACGCGCGAUUUAUGGUUGGAGCUUGCACCUAAAUGGCCCAAAUCAUACUGGGAUGACUGGAUAAGGCAGCCGGAACAGCGUAAGAAUAGAGCUUGCAUCCGCCCGGAAAUCUCACGAACCAGAACAUUCGGCAAACUUGGAGUUAGCAACGGCUUAUUCUUUGAAAAACAUCUGAAGUACAUCAAGCUAAAUGAACAAUUUGUGCCUUUCACCAAGAUGAAUCUAUCCUAUUUAUUAAAAGAUAAUUACGAUAUAGCUUUCGUCAACCAAGUGUAUCAGUCGACAGUGGUUAGCUAUUCCGAAUUGAAAAGUGGGAAUAUUGUUGCCCCUGGUCCAGUACGAAUACCAUAUUACACUCGUCAAUCGUUUAAAAAUAUUACCAAAUUGCUUGGUUUAAUGGACGAUUUCAGGAGCGGUGUGCCAAGAUCAGGAUACCGUGGUGUGGUGACGUUUUUUUAUAAUGGAAGACGCGUGCAUUUAGCACCAAGUGCAAAUUGGAGCGGUUAUGAUAUAACAUGGAGCUAACACAUGAUUAUGCUCUAUAAAGACUUGUAAAUUGCACAAGAAUAUCGCGUGCAAUUCUUCUUUGAUAUUCAACAGAUUAGGUAACAAUUGCGAUGAAUCAACAGUGAAAUCUGUAUUUAUGUCAGCAGCAUACGGCUAUGCUCCAUAGAAUAAGUAGAUGCCGGUGUUACAUUCCUCAUCGGUUCCUAAUCGGUUUUAAACAUACUCUUUCGUAAAGAAAUGUGUCACACAUAUUUAUAAGUUUAUAUAUACGUGAUUUAUGCGUAAAUGAAUUAUAAUUCGUUUACAGUAUAUAUAUCAUGUAUUUUGUAUAUCUGCGUUUCUAAAGAUUACAUUUAUCGUUUAGUAUAUUUAAAUAAUUGCUAAAGCUGAUUGUAUCUCAUGUACAUAAAAUGCCGUAGUAAUAUCGAUAAAGCAAUAUUCUUAAUUAAUUAUUAUCACGUAUCUUCCGAUAUCUGAAAACGAUAAUGUGUUGAUAUAUUUUUGCUCGUACGGCUUUUAAAAAUUUUGUUAUGAAGUUGUGACGUAUGACAAAUGAAGUAUAUAAUUUUUUCGAAGAACCCAAUCAAACUGUGCAUCUAUAUUAUUUAUCUCACUAUCCAUGAGCUAUAUUUCUUAACUUUAUUCUAUGAUCUCUUAAUCUAAACUGAUUUUUAACUUAUUUUUACCGUACUAAAAUAUUUUUUAGAGCUUCAAUUUCAAU